AUGGCCCAAGCGUGCCGCACCACCAUACAGGCCAACGUGUUUCGCUCUACCAGGGCGCCGGACUUGCUCUUGCAGACCAUAGCCGAACGAGAAGAGCAUUUGGCUGUCAUCGCAGAGCCGCACUGGAUCCCCGACAGCUCCGGCUGGUUCCGAGGUAUGUUGGAGACCGUCGUACUAGUCGGGACGGGAUCCAGCGCCUCCGCACAGUUCCGGGAGUUUGAAGGGGAAUGUAUCAGUCGUUGGACGACUUGCCGCGCGGAGGCCGUUGCAUCAGUUACUGGUCGUGUGGGAGUUCAACGCGAUGUCCACGCUUUAAGGGUCCCCCCGGGCCGAUCUAAGAGGAGUUCCAGUGGUGGAUUGAGCAGCUGGUAUGUACCUCCGCUUACUGAACUCCGGCAGGACGAACACAUUCGUCCAUUGGCAGGGAGACCUGACAGUCGAUAG